CAUAUAUCGAGUAGAUCCACGAUAGAAGCUAGUUGUACUAGUAGCUGUUACAACUCCUAUUUCUAAGCAAUGAUUGAUUACAUAUUACAUAUAUAUGCUCUUGACCAAGUCUGAUUACACCCUGCCCUAAAAUAGGUUUCUGCGGUUUGCAGCCGCUUUUAAAUAUACUUAACUACCUAGGAUAAGAUCCUAUAACAAAGCAUUGUGCUAGCAGACACUUCCGCAACAUCAAUCUAAAGUCGCCAACUAUCACGCAAUUUAGGCAUGUCCAACUAUCCACCUGAGAUCACGCCUAGUGAAGGCGAAAGGUUGACCGAAGUCGUCAAGGACUGGGCGCUAGCCCAUGGCCUGACCGUUCGACCACCUCCGGCUGUAGUCGCUGCCGAAGCUGAUCCCGCAGGGAUACUCGCCACCGCGGUUCCCGUUACUCUUUUCCCGAGCCCCUUUCCUAAGGUGUGCUUCGACCAGGGAGUUGCGGUUCAGAAGGCUUAUAAUGAGCUGUACGCAUCCAUUAGCCAGGAUGAGGAGUUUCUGGCUCAGGUUGUAAAAGAGAUCGGAGAUAGCGAUGACUUUAUAACGGAAUUAUGGAAAGUUCACUUAAGAGUCAAGGAGGAGGGUUACGUACAGCAUAAAAGUCUCGGUCUCUUCAGAUCGGACUACAUGGUCCACCAAGAUGCUACUGGGUCUACUCCGCAGAUCAAGCAGGUAGAGUUUAACACCAUCGCAUCCUCGUUCGGAGGCCUAUCGUCGCAAACCUCAUUACUCCAUAAAUACCUAUCCUCUACGGAGUAUCCAUUGCUAGAAAACGCGAUAGGAAGAGGGACUGUGCAAUUACCAGAAAAUGGUAGCGCUGCGGGCUUAGCUAGUGGCAUAAAACAGGCCUUUAUCGAAUACGGACCUUCGUCUACUGGCCAUCGGAAGUGCGUCAUCUUCCUCGUCCAAGGGGGCGAGAGGAACAUCUUCGACCAGCGUCAUCUCGAAUACGAACUCCAGAAAUCGGAAGAGCCGCUAAUUCCCGUUUUCCGUCUACCAUUUUCGGAAAUUCUACAGCACACGACUAUUGCUGAGGGUGCAGGCCGUCAGUUGUUGUAUCGACCACCGCAGCUACCUUCCCAAACGUUUGAAGUUGCUGUCAUAUACAUGCGCUCGGGAUAUGGACCAUCAGACUAUCCGGAUCAAUCUGCCUGGGAAGCUCGUUACCAUCUGGAGAGAUCGGCUGCGAUCAAAUGUCCCACGGUAUUGACCCAAGUUGCCGGGACGAAGAAGGUGCAGCAGGUCCUAGCCACACCCGAGACGCCAUCAAACCCCUCCAUUCUACCACGCUACAUAUCCAAGGACUCCGCGUCUAUCUCCGAGCUCGCAAACACCUUUACCAACAUCUACCCUCUAGACGAAACAGAAGCCGGACUCAAAGCCCGGAAGAUCGCCGCCGAUCCCGAGCUGUGCAAAGGCUACGUCCUCAAGCCCCAGAGGGAAGGCGGCGGCAACAACACCUACCGCUCCGCGAUCCCGCCGUUCCUGAAGUCCGUUCCGGAGACGCACUGGCCGUCGUAUAUUCUCAUGGAGCUGAUCACCCCGCCUCCCGUCAGGAACACGAUCUUGCGCAACGGCAAGCUGGAACAGGGCGGGGUUAUUUGCGAGCUCGGCAUAUAUGGAACCUGCAUCUGGGAUCAGCAGUCCAAGGCCAUACUCCAUAACGAGAGGGCCGGAUAUCUUCUGCGCACGAAGGGAGACCAGAGCGAGGAAGGCGGCGUGGCUGCUGGGUUUGGUUGCAUGGACAGUUGCAGCUUGGUCUGAUGUGGACGUGGGAUUAGGGUUGGUUCCAGUUAUACAUAGCAUUUGUUUCACAUCAUCUAAGACAUUAGACAUUAGAAGUGGUCAAUGAAUACAGUUUUAGAUCAGCUCAGUUCGCUGGGUAGCAUCCGAGUCAGCACUUUAUUAGAAGUGCUGUGCUGUUACUGUUAUCUCAAGCAACAAAAGUCGAAAGAAAAAAUGUGGCGGUCAUCGAUAGACAUUCAUGAAUCAUUUAGGCACCGCUAUCCCAAUUCAUUUCUCCAGGAGCCAAAAGCAGUAUACUACAGGGGGCAUAUUGUAUAUGGUCAUGCCAGACAAUGUACGGGUGAAAGGGACAUCAUUAACACACAUUUGGUAUCAAGU